GAGCGUGUAGGAAACUUUAGGAAUGUCUCGUCUCUGUUAGUAUUGUACAAUUAACAUUACUAGAUGGUGGUUCUCUUGUAUCGGAGUCUCUGUACUUAGCUAGAACGGUUUUUUUACAGUAAUCAGUGUGCAAUUUGUUUUAUAUUUUUUAACGUCAAAUGUGCUAAUAAAUAUCUGUGAGGUUGAUGUCGGGUAGUACAGCGUUGCUGCCAAUCAGAUCAUUUCUGGAUUAAUCAAUUCUGAAAAGCAUUAUUGGUCAUUAGAUGUGACUUUACAAUCAGGCACUGAAGCUAACGGCCCAACUCAUGGACACUGGUGACCGCCCAUGAACUUCGACAGUGCUAGGGGUAUAUGGGUAUGCCAAGCCGCCGCCUACGAUAAAAAACAUUUAAAUAUGAUAUUAUACUUGGAACGGUAACGAGUAAACCUGUAUAAGAAUAAUAAAAAAUGGUACUUGUUCCGCGGAAAGAUGAUUUGAAAGAGAGGAUUAGGGGAAAAAUUAUCAUAACACUUUUUUUGGGAAUUGGGAUGUUGUUAAUUCCCGUUAUUUUGACCAUCACGGACCCCAUGUUCAUCAUAGCUAAAUAUAAAUUCCGCCUCGCGAACGGAAGCAUCUUACAUCAGCUUUUAGAAUCCGAGAUGGAAGGAGGGAGAUAUGCCAUCUACCUAUUCAACAUCACCAAUGCGGAUAAGUUCAUGUCUGGAGAGGACUAUAAACUUAAGCUGGAGGAAAUUGGACCUUUUACUUAUGUGGAGUACCGUAGUCACGACAAACUGAAGUUCUCCGACUCUGGCGAGAUGAGCUACAUACCGCGCAUGCGGGCCCAGUUCAUUCUCGAGGAGUCAGUGGCAGACACGCGGGACGUGCAAAUCGUCAUGCCUAAUAUUCCUAUGCUGAGUGCCACUACCAUACUCCACUCGUCACCGCUUUUCAUCAAGAACUUGUACAGCAUCAUCGUGCGUGAGCUUCGAUCCACCGCCAUUGUGAAGAUGGACGCCCACAAAUAUCUGUGGGGGUAUGAGGACCCUGUCCUCACAGUCGCAAACAACCUGGUCCCUGGCCUGAUACAUUUUAAAACCACGGGAAUAUUAGAUAGAUUCUACGACAAUGGCACUAAGUAUCAAAUGGUGUUAAGCACCGAAGAGGCCAGUAAGUUCCAGAUAAAGUCAGUAACAAAGUACAGAAACGCUGAGGUGUGGAGCGCUGAAGAUAUUCCUGACAGUACCACCGUAUUCAACGACACAUACGAGGGCAUGGCAUACCCUCCCCUUAUCUCAACCAGCACUCCCAUCAACAUUUACCGGCUGGGCGUCUGCAGGACCUACGGAGUGGAGUUCUGUGGCAUCAAGUCCUCGGAGUAUGGCCCCAACGCCUUCGUCUACAAGUUUAGAAAUGACACGUUCUAUAAUACCCGACUGUGCGAUGGUAAAGGGUUCUGCCCUCAAGGAAUUAUGGAUAUGUCCAGAUGUUUCUUUGGUAUACCAAUGGCAAUGUCGAAAGGUCAUUUUUUGGAUGCUGAUCCUGCUUUGAUGAACCGUAUCGAAGGUUUGAAGCCUGAUCCUGGUAUACACUCCAGUCACAUGGUUAUAGAACCGAAAAUCGGUUUGACUUUGGAGACUUCUUUGUCAUUGCAAGUGAACAUUAUGGUGGGAGACGUCAGUUAUAACAGCGAUGCUAGUCAGUUCUCCAACAUGGUGGUGCCUUUAGCGCAUUUUAAAAUUAUACAACCCGAGCUCCCAUCCAUAGCAAUAACAGCACUAAGACUGAUAUACAUCACUGUACCUAAAGUGGUUUUAAUCACAGAAAUAAUUUUAGUCAUCGCAGGACUUCUACUACUAGGAUAUUCUGUAAAACUUAUCUAUACUUAUUAUAUAUUUACUAUACAAAGUAUAGACGAGAAGAAAGCAGAAACGCUUCUAGUUAAGAAAGAUAAAAAUUGACUGAGAUUUGGAGCGUUCUCGAACUAUCUCGAAAUGUUUCUGAAUAGUUUAUAUCUACUGUUUUGGUAUCCAACAAGGUAGUAAUCACUGAGAACGAAGUUGGUGUUUCUAUUUAGAACACUCCCAAAAUGAUGACGGUGAGAACAUUAUAUGGAUGAUUGCGUCUCAAGCAGAUGCGUCAAAACUGCGUAAUUUUUUUUAUUACUUAAGUAGCAAACGAGCAAGCGGUGCGGCUGAUGAUAAGCGGCAACUACCGCCCAAUGAUUUAAAAUAAUGCUGGAUGGCUAAAUAUUUUGCUUAAGCUGAAGUACUACAUCGACUAAGACCUGAUAGUUACAACGAUUCUUGGUAAUCGUAAUUGCUCUCCAAAAAGAGAAACAGCAUCAAGGAGGGUUAAGGUUCACUAAAGCGUUUCUCCAUUACACUUCGAAAUGGGCGCAAUUCGUCAUUUAUGUUCUGUUUUACGAAACAAAAUGGCUACUUCAGUUCCAGCUCAAAUAAUUUUAACAAUAUUUAAGUAAAAUGUGUCCUAGUG